UAAGAAGAAAAUGGUGGUCACAAGCAACAGGGAAGCAAUUCAGACACAAAUUGAGCCUGAAUAUGAGUGGAGAAGUGAAUUAAAGGGUUUUGAUGAUUCUAAAGCUGGUGUAAAGGGUCUCCUAGAUGCCGGGGUGACAAAAAUCCCACACAUAUUCAUCCAUGAGAAAAGCAUGCUUCCUGAUAUUCAUAAGUCCGGCUCUGUUAUCUCCCAGUUCAGUGUUCGAAUCAUCGACUUUGAAGGCAUCAACAAAGGCGCAGCUCAACACGGUGAAAUCAUUGACAAAGUUAGAGAUGCCUGUGAAAAAUGGGGAUUCUUUCAGGUGGUUAAUCAUGGAAUCCCAAUAAGUAUAAUGGAUGAUAUGAUUGAUGGAGUUUGGAGAUUUCAUGAGCAAGAUACUGAGGUGAAGAAACAAUUCUAUUCGCGUGAUGUUACUAAAAAAUUUAUAUAUAAUAUCAACUUUGAUCUGUAUCAAGCACGGGCAUCUAAUUGGAGGGAUACCAUUUCUUGUGUUAUGGCUCCUCAGCCUCCUGAACUGAAGAACUGCCUGUAGU